UUAUAUUGUUGCGAUACAACAAUUAAAUAUGGUGUAUUUCAAAACACAAAUAUCGUCCAAUCAAGUUAAACUCAAUUGAUAUUAUCAUAUUAUGGCAACAACUGAAUUGUUAAUGGACAUUGAGGCCGUCUGUCGAAUUUGUUUACAGGACAGCGAUACUCACAUGGUUUCCAUUUACGAGAAAGACGACGCACCACACGGGCUCUCAAUUUGCGAGAAAAUUGAAAAUUGCAGUGGCAUUAAGGUAGUACGCACAACUGAGCUACCUACCCGAAUAUGCUUGAAAUGUCGCGCGUUUUUAACUUUGGCCCACAAAUUUCGACAGAUUUGCCGGCAUUCAGAUAAUUUCCUGCGUGAAUAUAUUUGCAAAGAACUGAGAGUGGAAGAGGAGGAUUUAGUGCAGCAGGUGAUAGAAAACCCAAAUAUACAAACAUACGAGCAAGUGGAAGUGGAAGUACUGGAAGAAGGUAUUUGGUGCAAUGACGAAUUAAUUGAAGAGCUACCAGCUGCAGAACAAAAAACAAAUCUUAUGUUGGUGGCAACUAAAGAGGCGGUGGCCACGCAGACUGCUGGUGCCAAGUCACAUGUGUGUGAUAUUUGUGGCAAUAGUUAUCCGCGCAAGAGCACGCUAGACACGCACAUGCGAAGACACAAAAACGAGCGACCAUAUGAAUGCGAAAUAUGCCAAAAGUCUUUUCAUGUCAACUAUCAGCUAAUGCGUCAUAUACGUCAGCAUACAGGCGCUCGGCCUUAUAACUGUGAAUACUGUCAGCGCAGCUUUACGGAUCGCACAUCUUUGGUCAAGCAUGAACGCACCCAUCGGAAUGAACGACCCUAUUCAUGCGGCACAUGUGGUAAGUCUUUCACAUAUGCCAAUGUACUCAAAGUGCACUAUAAGACACAUACCGGCGAGAAGCCCCAUCUAUGCAGACUAUGUAAUAAAAGCUUUGCACGUCAUCACAAUCUGGUUGCUCACCUACAGACGCAACAGCAUAUCAACGACCCCCGCGCCGGAGCUUAUUUACGAACACUCAAAGCCAUCAGCAAUGCGGCUGUAGAAAACGGCUGAGGGUAUAUCAAGUGCCUAAUUUAAUAAAAAUAAGAAAUAUCGGAUAACUUUGGGGUCCAAAGAUCAAAUACCCGUUUCAAAUGGUAUUUGCAAAAAUGUAAACUUCCAAGUGCUGUAUUCCGGCAUGACCCCAUCGACUCAUUGGUUGUGAAUUUACGGACUAUAGAAUUAAUACUCUCUUCAUGGGUGUAUUGGAGUAUUCUUAUGUUAAAUGAAUUAAAGCAAUGCAAAUUUA